AUGAAGGCCCAUCCCAACGGUAACGUGCAUUUUUUUGGAGUGAGCAGCAUCUUCAGCCGUGACGCCGAGCUGUCAGGAGUGUCUUCAGCGGAGGGACUCUUCGUGCAGGAGUUGGUUCAACACGUCGCGGUUCGCGUCGACAACACCGACACGUCUGCGACACAACUCUCAGCAUCCAACGCGGUUCAAGAGUCCCUCAAGAACAUCCCAUUGUCCAGCAUCAAAGAGCCCCGCCGCUUCAGCGUCGACCGACCGUUCAUGUUCUUCAUCAUCGACCGCCUCGACAACUUGGUCGUCAUCGCUGGAAAAGUCAUUGACCCAGAAGCACCAACGCCGUUCGAAAUUUAAACAACUUAUAUUAUUUUAAGAAACAAAAGACUUAAUUUUUUAUGACUAUUUUCAAGUUCGAUUCAGGAGUAAGCCGUUAGUCAAUUGUUUGUUUAUAAAACCUUUUUCUCUAUUUGGAACAUGAUUAUGUUUCGCUGUGAAUUUAAUGUACUGUAAUUGUCUUUAAUUUUAAAUCUACAACAAAGCAAACCAGAAGCAUUUGAUAAUUGAAAGUACACAGCGUAGGUUUAAGUAAUUAGAUUAAGAUUAAGAUUAUUUAUUUUAGUGGCAGUUGUGAUCGUGAUUAAGAUUUUAUU